AUGGGUUUGUCUUUCUCCAAGUUGUUCGCCAACCUCUUUGGCAACAAGGAAAUGAGAAUCUUGAUGGUCGGCUUGGAUGCCGCCGGUAAAACCACCAUCUUGUACAAGUUGAAGUUGGGUGAGAUCGUCACCACCAUUCCAACCAUCGGUUUCAACGUCGAGACUGUCGAGUACAAGAACAUCUCUUUCACCGUCUGGGAUGUCGGUGGACAGGAUAAGAUCAGACCUUUGUGGAGAUACUACUUCCAGAACACCCAGGGUAUUAUUUUCGUGGUUGACUCCAACGACAGAGACCGUAUCGCCGAGGCCCGUGAGGAAUUGCAGCAGAUGCUUAACGAGGACGAGUUGAGAGACGCGUUGUUGCUUGUGUUUGCCAACAAGCAGGACUUGCCUAAUGCCAUGAACGCUGCAGAGAUCACCGAGAAGUUGGGCUUGCAUUCCAUCAGACAGAGACCAUGGUACAUCCAGUCCACUUGUGCCACCACCGGAGACGGUUUGUACGAGGGUUUGGAGUGGUUGUCGACCAACUUGAAGAACUCCUCUUAG